UUGUGGAGAAACUGAUCUGGUUUUUAGUCUGAGAGGAAUUCAGCUGCUCCGUGUUUUUAUUGGUUUUAUGCUGAGCAGUGGAUCAGGACGUAAACACAUCACACUCAGCUUCUGUUUAAUCUGAUCUCAUGUUGAGUUACUGCGCGAGGCUGAGAGAGAAACGUCUGAGGAGUCAGGAUGAGUCUGCAGUGGACAGCGGUCGCCACCUUCCUGUACGCAGAGGUCUUCUUCCUUCUGUUGCUCUGCAUCCCCUUCAUCUCACCCAAGAGGUGGAACAAGAUCUUCAAGUCUCGUAUCGUCCAGACCAUCGCUCUGUAUGGAAACACUUGGUUCAUGGUGGCCAUCGUCAUCCUCAUCUUCCUGUUCAUCGAUGCGAUCCGUGAGGCGAGGAAGUACAGCGUGUCGGAGACGGUCGACCCGAGCAACCAUCCGACAGCCAUCGAACACAUCCACAUGAAACUGUUCAGAGCUCAGAGGAACGAGUACAUCGCCGGCUUCGCCCUGCUGCUCUGCCUGUUGCUGCGUCGUGUGGCCACACUGCUCUCCCAGCAGGCCUCGCUCAUGGCCUCCAACGAAGCCUUCAAGAAGCAGGCGGAGGGCGCCAGCAACGCCGCCAAGAAAUACAUGGAGGAGAACGAGCUGCUGCAAGAGAAACUUCGUGAGGCCGGGGUCGAGGUGCCGGAGGCCGGGACAAAAGGAGCAGGAGCAGGAACAGGACUGCAGGAGGAGAACAAGGGUCUGAAAACGGAGGUGAAGACUCUGAAAGAGGAGCUGGACACCACCAAGAAAGCUCUGCAGAAAUCUGACAGCGACGUUCGUGCAAUGAAGAAACAGGCGGAAAAUCUUACGGUGGAGUACGACCGACUGCUGGAGGAGCACAGCAAGCUGCUGGCGAGCAGCGAUAAGAAAUCAGACUGAGGAGGACAAAGACGGUUUCUGGCUUCUGACAUCUUCAUCUUCAUCAUCUUCUCCGUCCUCGACAAACAGUCUGCAGCUUCUGUAUCCACCUUUGCCGUCCUGCUCAGCGGCAUGAUGUCACUUCCUUUCUCGGGUCAGCUGAUGUCGCCGGGCUGUGAUUGGUUCAUUAGACUGUUCAGAACUUUUAUCAGAAGAUUUAAAAACUCUUCAGCUUCUGUCACUGUCGGACUUUUUUUAGGUUUGUUUCUUUUGCACUGAAAGUUUUUUUUUUCAUUUUCACUUUGACUUUGUUUCCUUUUUUUCCACUUUGCUGUUUUUAAGUCGAUUUUCUUUUUCUACUUUCAAACAGCUGAUUUACAGAGUUAAAGUAUGAUCUGAUCAUUCCGGUUCCUGACACAGCCUGAAUUUAAAUCAUGUCUCAGACAAGUUUCAUUCCAAAAUAUGACGUCCAGAAAUUCACCUGAUGAACGUCAGGUUGUAAAUUCCUCCUCAGUGUUUCUGUUGCAUCUUUGAAUUAAAUGAAAUCCCCUAAAUUCCUGAUUUGAAGCGACGGUUGUAAAGUUUGAUGAAGAGUCGUGUCUCUGACUCGGUGAAUGUUUGGACCUGGAGUCAGUCACUUUGUUCGAGCAACAAACAAAAAAAACAUCUGCAUCUUUUUGUCACAUUUUCUGUUCUGAGUUCUGUGAAAUAAAAAGGUGAAAAGACGUCAGAGUUACAGUCCAUGAUUUUACUUGCAGCCUGAGAGACAUGGAGCUAAAAUAUCUACUCUCACAAAGGUUCAUGAGAGCUUGUAAAAGUACAUCUUGCGAGAACUCAAGAAAGAGAAAGAGAUCUUGAGAAAGUUUUUCUUUUUCCAACCUUCAGAUUUUUUUCGCUCUGUGUCUCAGACUCUGUAUAAUCUCAUGGUGAUUUGAAUAAACGAUCAGAGCAGAAAAAGUGACCUGAGGAAAAAUGAUUCCAAUCGAUUUUAAUUUUGGAACAAAGAACGAGUCUUUUCCAUAUUUGUUUUUUAAAUUAUUGUAAAUGGUAAAGAGAAAAGUAUUUGUCUUUUUGCUUUUUUGGUUCGCUUACUCUGGAAGUCAUGAGACUUUACCUGGUUUACUGACCUGAAACCAAAGAAGAAGAAGAAACUGGAAGUUUAUUCAGACAAGUAACAUGGAGGAAUGUUUCACAGGGAUCCUGUGCUCUUAACAGCAGGAGAAAAAUAAUUUAACUUUUUCAACUAAUUUCUCAUUUUCCGUUAAAAUGUUUUAAAAAUAGUCCUUCUUUGUUUUCUGAUUUCUUUGUUCCAAAAUGAAAAUCGGUCAGCUGUGUGUCGCAGUGUUUUGCUCGUCCUCUGUGAUCAGUUGUGGAUUUAGGUGAAUGUUUUCCUCUGUUCUCACUCCGUCGAUCAGUUGGUGUCUGGGUUAUUUUGUGGUUUUCAGACUGAGACGUGCUCGGCGGUUAAAUAACAGGCGGCUCUCUUCCUGCAGCCUGAAAAACCUCCAUCUGUUUAAUCUGAGAGUAAAAAACAUGAUUUCUCAUGUGAUAAUUAGUAAUCAUCAUGUUUGUCAUCCUCUCUCUUCAGAGGAGCUGAACGUCUCAGUGGGAGUUUAGUUUCUCUACAUUCCUUUUUCAUUUCCUCCUGAUAAGCAGAGCUCGAUUUACCCCCUGAGCAAACUGCCCCUCUGCCCCCAGCUUCUCUCUGAACUGUAACCCGCAGCAUUAAAGCUCAGUAACACGGUUAAAAGCCUCCGGGCUGCAGCUGACGCCCGUCUCCUGUUAGUAACGGUCUCUGUUUCCUUCUGAUUCAUAUCUGAGACGAGCUCCAACAGAAGCUCAGCUCUGUUCACAGGAAACAGGAACUAAAGCUCCCACUGAGGCCGUUGUGACGCGCCAUUCACUCCCAGUGCUUUUAUUUUGAAAAUAUUUUAGGUUGAAGACACGGUUUUCUUCUUGUAACUGGUCGAUGUUUAAACUUUUAGCAUCUUUUAACAUCAACCUGAGAUGAUUUCUGUUGCUGCUGUAGCUGAAAGAUUUUAGACAAAAACUUCAGAACAGAGUCGUCGCUGAAAAUAAAACUGGCGACAAAAACAAAACCUGAACUGAAAAAGAAAACACAGGCAUCAAAAAUGACAAUCUUACAAUCUUGUAAUCUGACUUUAGUUUAAGACUUUUUUGUAUUGUGAUGUUUUUCGGUAAUAAUCUGCAGAUUUUUUUGUCACGUUUGUCGACUUUCAGUGGCAGGUUUUUUUUUCAAUGUCGCUGGUUUUAUAUUGAAAUAAAGUAGGAAAACAGUAUUGUAAGAUUGUCAUUUUUGAUGCCUGUGUACAGCUGUAAAGAGCUGAAAAGAUUCUUGUCCGUGUUGUCUCAAACUACAGAAACUGUUUAAAUCAGACUCUGUUCCAGUGAGAAAAUAUUUCCAUAAAUCUCUGUGAAUGUUUCAGCUUCUCUUCAGUCUCCGUGUGUCGGUCGACAGCAGCUGGAUGAACAGUGGAGGUAAAGUAGAGUCCACAUGGUUCAGUUUGUGUUUUCCAGUUUUCUGGGUCUGAAUCACAUUAUUCACAUUCCUGUCUUGUUGCAUGAUGAAACUUUAAGAUGGUUUAUUUUGUCACACCUGGGUGAAUUUAUUCUUGUAACUCAGAAAUAAACAGAGGUCAUACAUGUUCAUGUGUUUGUUUCUGUAUAAAUCUGCAUGUGUUGGUUCAAUAAAUGGAGCAGAGGUUCA